AUGGACCAGAUCUACAGGCGCGCGGUUGUGGUGAGCGUCUGGCUGGGCCUGACUAGCAUCCCGGAACAUCUUCAGCAUUACGUGGGUGCGCCAGGGUUCCAGGAAAUCAUCAGAGUCGAUGAUGAGGGAUUCAACUUCUAUGAGAGCCUCGAGGAUAUCGUUCAGACACCGUAUUGGAGCCGUAUGUGGGUCAUCCAGGAAUUUCUCGUAGCGUCAGAUGUCAUGUUAUACUGCAGCGGGUAUUGUGUGAACUGGUUUGAUCUGAAGAGCUUCAUGGUUUCCAGGUUCGGCAUUGAUGUCUUCAAUGACGGUAGCAGGGACGGCCUUCUAGCCUCUGAGGGGGGCCAACAGUACAAGGCGUUACCUCUAAUCCUGCAAAGACAUCCAGAUCGCCAUCGAAGCAUUGAUAAAGUCUUCGCCCUGCUAGGUCUUGUGCCGAGAGACGAGAGACAGAUCCUGAGCAGGUUCUUCCCAGACUACUCGCUAAGCCAUGAACAAGUCGUUCUCGUUACGCUGACGUACUUCAAGGACUUCUGCAGCAAAGACUCGGAUGCCGAACCACUACAGCUCUUUCGCGCCCUCGGCAUGAAGUCCGAGAGCCACAGGCAGCGUUUGAUUCGAGCGGCGAGCAGUGUCUACUCGGACGCGAUGGGGCCGAACUCGAUUGUGCCAUGCCUGGAGCUCCUCGAGGGAAUUGCUGUAGACGAUCACGUCCAGUCGCUUGAGCGUGAAAUGCAUCGGUGGGAAGAACAGCUCGAGCUACAACUUAAUGCUCUGAUUCGAGGCAGCCAAGUACCAAAUAGUAGAAACCGUGAUCGGCGCAUGCUCCGCUACGCCCUUGGGGGAGUUGUUCUGCUUGGAGCCGUAUCCAUCGUCUUAGGUUUUCGUCCGUACAUUUUGCGGUAGAACGGAGUGUUUGCAGUGUAAGCUCUUCGUGUGCUCUUUCGGUGGGCUGAG